UGUAAAAGGUAAUGCCUAAAAGGUAAUUCAGAACUUGUGCUUUAGAGAGAGAAAGUGAGAUAGAUAGAGAGACAGAGAGAGAGAGCUCGAAGAUGGUGAGAACUUCUUGCUAUGAAAAAAAUGGAAUGAAGAAAGGUGCAUGGAGUGUUGAAGAAGACAACAAAUUGAGAGCUUACAUUCAGAGAUAUGGUCACUGGAACUGGCGUCACCUACCCAAGUUUGCUGGCCUAUCGAGAUGUGGGAAGAGUUGCAGAUUGCGGUGGAUGAAUUACCUGCAAUCGAAUCUGAAACAAGGGGAUUACAGCAAAGAAGAAGAGGAUAUGAUCAUUAAAUUACACGACCAGCUUGGAAAUAAAUGGUCAGUCAUUGCUGCAAAACUACCUGGAAGGACUGACAAUGGAAUAAAGAACCAUUGGCACACCAACCUGAAGAAACGCGCGAAGAAAAAUCAAGUGUCGUCUGAAGGGGAAGAUCAAUCCGGUGUAACCGAAUCCGAAGGGUACUUGAAAGAUCAAUCCACUGAAUCUUCAGAAUGUGAGACCAACAAAGGGAGAUCUAGAGAAUCGACACUUGAAAAUGUUUUCGUUGCUGCUCCAUUGUCGCAGCAAACUACUUCAGUCAGCUCCCAACUGUCUCCACAACAAUCUUGCAGUGAGUACUCCUCCUUGAGCUCUGAUUAUGCAUUUCUAAGUGGCAUGAGCUGGGCAAAAGAAGAAACCAACACUCCGCCCCAAUCAUUUGCAGAACCUAUUGGAAAUUUCUGGACGGAACCUUUUUUGGCUGACACAUCCUACAACCAGAUUAAUGAUCUUUCAUCACUAUUUGUUGAAGGAGAUCAACUUUUGCAUCCAUAUUUUUUGUGUCAACAUGAUGCAAUUGAUUUGGCCUACCAAUGGAUGCCAGAACUUCCAGAAAAGUAGAUAAUAUAUGAAGAUAUUUCGUCUUUUUAAGAAACUCACACGCUAUGUGUGUGUGUUAGUUGUUCUUCAGGAGUAGAAUAUUGCAGUAUCUGCAUAAUGCACAAAUUAGUUGCUUGAGUUUUAGUGUGCGGAAAAUAAAAAAACAGAAAUAAAAGAAGCAAUAGAACCUUAAGCUUGUAAGCUGUUGUUGAAGAUGCUUUCGUUCGAGCUAGUUGGGGGCUUGCCCUUGUUUGUACAGUUUCCAUUUUCAGUAUACUUGCUUACCUAGCUUACUAGAAGAAGAAAUAAAGUUCACUAUCGUAUGUUCUGAUCAUGAAAAAAUGUAUCAAUUUAUAUGUGUUGAUUAUGAGCAUAAGCUUCUUUCCAUUA